AUGCCUCUCGAUACUCUCUCUACAUACUCGCUGACGCUCCUCCGACAAGAUGGGCGAAGAUGGAACGAGCUUCGCAGAAUCACGGCGUCAAUCUCAACUCAACCAUCCAGCGAUGGCAGCAGUUUACUCACUAUGGGAAAUACAAUGGUUGUCUGCACUGUAACUGGUCCAAGAGAAGGCCGCAGUCAACGGGAUAACAACAACGCCACGGUCGAGACAGAACUCAACAUUGCACCUUUCGCACAGAUGGACAGACGACGCCGCAUCCGGAACGAUAAGCGGAUCAUGGAACUCCAGACCACGAUAUCAAAUACCUUUCAAAGCCACCUCUUCACACACAUGUACCCCCGCUCCACUAUCUCGAUAUCUCUCCAUGUGCUGAGUCUAGAUGGAGCCUUACUAGCCGCGUGUUUGAAUGCAGCGAGCCUGGCUCUCGUGGACGCAGGUGUUCCCAUGCCCUCGAUCCUCGCGGCCAUUUCGAGUGGAAGUAUCACGCCGGCGGACGAUUCCUCAGCGAAGCCAGAACCAAUACUAGAUCUCAACAAUGCUGAAGAACAAGAACUACCAUUUCUCUCGAUUGCCACUGUGUCAGGCCAGCAAGGCUUGGAAGACAAGGUCUCUGCUCUAAUGAUGGAAUCACGAUGUCAAAUCGGCGGAGCGAACAGCAAAUUGGAAAGCAUGCUAGCAACAGGCGUAGAUGGAUGCAAACAAAUGAGACGGAAGAUGGAGGAAGUCAUAAGGAAACACGGUGCAAAAGUGAUGCAAAGCAGGAAAUAA